AAGUCAUUUACAGUUUCUCCUCUAACUCUGCGAAUCAAACAAACAAUUUAAACAUAUUUCUGAUGGAUAAACACAUAACGUGGGCUGUCACAUAUAACUUUGAGCGGGUAUUUAUCGUGCUUUAAUCAGUGUAUUGAAAGUGAAAGUAUGUGCAGGAGUCAGAAGAGCGGACGAAGAAGUGGAUGAAUCCAAACAUGAGAGAAGCAGAUUGAUGAAUAUGGAUCAUGAUCUGGUAAAGACUUUCAAAGACAAACUCAGCACCCUGUCAGAUUAUCAUGGUCUGAGCGGUCCGGGUCUGACCUGUUACCUGAACAGCGUCCUCCAGGUUCUGUUCAUGACUCCAGACUUCAGGGAGGCCAUUCAAACUUGCCGCUGGACGGACGUGGAAACCAUCGACCCGUACCUGCGAGAACUGUUCGCUCAUUUAGAGAAAAACCAGGCCAGAACACAUCACAUCGCUGCUACGUUAGCGAUCACAGACGUUUAUAAGCAACGUGACGCGGCAGAAUAUUUAGAGAAAAUCCUGUGUCUGACCAGUCCACAAGCAUCCAAGAUAUUCAGAGGAGAACUGAAUCACGUGACGAUCUGCUCCAGAUGUAAGGACAGGAAUGAAGCCACCACUUGUUUUCGGGUUCUUCCUCUGUCUGUAGAAGAGUCACAUCCAACCUACAGCGUGGACAAAGGUCUGGACCAGUUCUUCAGAGGACAGACCGUCAGCGGAGACAAUAAGAUGUACUGCAACAACUGCCAGAAAAAGACAGACGCAUUCAUCAAAUGUGAGCUCACUGGAACCCCAGAUGUUCUGAUUCUCCUGUUGAAGAGGUUUCACUUCGACUCCAAACUCAUGCGCUUCGUCAAACUUCACCACGACGUUGACGUAACCCACACUUUACACAUAAAGGGCUGCACAUAUGAACUGUACGCUUUAAUAAACCACUGUGGCAGUCUGACAGGAGGUCAUUACACGGCUCGUAUCAGGUCUUUUGACACUGGGGCCUGGUAUGACUUCAACGACAACACCGUUCAACUGGUCGAACAACCGCUCUGUGAGGCUGGAAAAACCUCUGUGAGAUCCGGUACGCCUUAUCUCCUCAUGUACAAGAAAAAGAGAAAGUGUCCUGACCAAUCAGAGGAGGAGGGCCGUGAAGUUCACUUUGCUGAUUCAGAAAAACAGGAAGCAGCAGGGGGGAAGGCCACGCCCCCCAGACGUCAUCCUCGACUCAGAGAGGGAGGCCGGAGCGGUGCAAAGCAUGAUGGUCCUGAAUUGGAGGUGAGAGAGGACGGUUGGGUUCAGACGGUAACUCCGCAAAAGUCAAAACUCACAAAACCAGAAACGCGUACAAAACCAAAGAGUCCCUUAAAGUGGAGGGGGGAGAAUCUGAUGAAAAGUCCAUGUGAUUCUGAGGAGAGUUUCCUCAAGUGGAGCCAAGACUCACACAAAAACAGACUAAAACCUGAGCCCAGAUCCACCUCUGGUACCAGACGGGACGUAAACGUGACAAAAACAGGGGACGAUGUUGAAGGACACAGUGUUAAACACAGCAGAGAAACCCGACGGUUGUCUCCUCGCAACCCUGAGUUCAAGCCUCGGCUUCAGCCACUAGAGGGCGCCAGUAAAGGGACUACGACCAGACAGAAGGACAGAAGACGAGCAGAGAACACCCACAGAGGGCCCUGGAGGACAUAAAACACAGGACUGUGGACACUACAUCUGAGAAAUGUCUGGUUUUUAUUCAACUGCUGUCGUGUAUUGUGAGUUUGUUAUUGUUAUAGAUAAAAAUGCACCACGUUAAUGUUUUUAUGCAGCUGUUCCGAAACACAUUCCUGAAUAUUUACUAAAACUAGAGCUGAGGAUGUACUUGUUUGGUGGAUUUGUCGUAUGACUCUUUUGUAUUACUGAAUAUUCUGUAAAUACUCCACUAGUUACAUCAAAAUUUUAUUUUUCUUUCUUGUAUUUUCGCAUCUGAAGUUGAAGGACAGAUACAUUUCCUCAUGUAUUCUGUUUAUAUUUUCUAUAAGUGAAUUAAUCGUCAUUUCACCUGAAUAAUUGUGCAAAAAGAGGUCAACAGUUCUGUUUUUUAUCAAGACCGAUAAUAAAAAUACACGAUAAAGC